GUCCAGGAGCUCAGGAAGAUCUUGCCUUGCGAGCGCCUGUUCGAUGGAUGUGCCCGCGGCCUCGUGGGCGACGGGACUGGCGAGACCAUCGAGAAGCCCUGGGGGGUGAUUGCUAACCGUCAGCCGCCGCAGAAGUUCUUGGACCGGAGGCGCCCCCAGGGCCAUGGGCGCGUCCAAGGGCGAGAAUUCGUUCGGAAGACGUCCAAGAAGACGGGGCUCCACACCAAGUGCGGGGCUGCGAUCAUGGGGUUCAUGAGGGGCAUCGCGGGCGCCAGCUGCGCGCUGGUCACGCUGCUCAGCGACGACGAGAAUGAGGGCAUGGGGAAGGGGCCCCGGGACAUCCCGGCGAGCCUGGGGCCCGAACGGCGUCUCACUCUCAGGGGGGCUGUGGCUAAGAUGCACGCCGACCAGGGGCGUCCAGGCAAUCGGGCUCUGGCGCGUGCCAUUCGACUUGCAGGGGGCUCGAAGUAUGAGAUAGCAGCGGCGCUCGUGCAUCAUUGCCCCGCGUGCAUCAAGUUAGCGGCGCCGCCGUCGACGGCGGCGUCGUCGUUGCGAGAUCUAUGGGGGGAGUGCGGGGACUGCCUGGCCAUCGAUGCUUUCGAGCUGGCAGCCGCCCAGGGCGCCGACUUGGUGUUCCUCUUCCAGAUCGACAUGGCCUCUAAGUGCCAGAUAAUUGUCCUGGUCACCUCCCGCGAGCAGACCGUCAUCUUGCAGGCCGCGCUCGACUCCUGGCUGCUCGCGCCCGGCGCCGCGAACGUCAAAUGGCUCGCUGCGGCGAUCAACCACGCCGUGAGCUCUGCAGUGGGCCCGUCGGGGUAUUCGCCGUCCCAGUGGGUUCUGGGUCGAGGCAUUGAGCUUCCGUGCCGGCUCCUCAGCCAGCGCGGCAACCCCAGGCAGCGCCGGCGGAUGCUGGGCGGCGACGAGCCGAGCUUCAGGCGUCGUGUCGGAUUGUUCAGCGCCUCGAAGCGCUCGGUGGCCGCGCUGGAGGCUAACCGCAAGAUCUGCGAGGCAUUCUUCGCCGAGGGCAGAGCUGCAGCCGCGGCGCCAGCGGCGUCGACGUAUCAGGUUGGCGACCAGGUUUACUACUGGAGAGGACUGGGUAAGUCUCGUGCCAAGAAGCAUUGGGCAGCACGCUGGCACGGACCUGCUCUGGUGAUCGGGCGUGAGUCCAGCGUCCUGUGGCUGGCGCGCCGCGACCUCGCCGUCGAGGCGUCGGCGCGGCAUGUCAGAGCCGCGGGGGCAUCGGAGCUGGUCGUUUGGAAGGGUGUCCUCGAGCGUGCGGAGGGUGCAGGUGGGCCCGCCGCCUCAAGACCAGCCCGGUGGUCACCGCCAGGGUCGGGCGGCCAGGCCCCGAUGGUGGUCGACGGCGAGGCGCCGCAGGUCGCCGACCCGCCCCCGACCGACAGCGGCCGCGACGAGACAUAUUUGGACAUGACCAUUGGUGAGCGCGCUCAG